AUGAUCAGCGAGCUCACCUCCUUCCAGCAGUUUGGUGCCACAGCCACGCUAAGCGCUGGCUACCAGUCCGGUACAGAGGUUGCAGCCCUAGGAGUGAAUCAAUCAAGGCGCGUUGAAAAGCAGGAUGGAGUGUACCAAAACCUCCCUCAAGAAGGAGCGCUGCAGCAAGAUGUGGCUCAGGUCCUCCGGCGCUUGGUCAGAGAGCUGGCAGCCAAGGUGGAUGGGGGAGAAGCCGCCUGGGAGAUGCUAUGCCUGCUGAUCCACCGAUCAUGCCAGAAACAUAGCCUGGAUCUGUGGCCUAGGGACAAGGAACAGGUGGAUUUACCAAUUCAACAGAGCUUUCUUUGGUAUGGUUCAAAUAGUGGUGAUGGCGCGGAUUCACAGGCAUCUGGAGCUUAUAUUUUUAGACCAGAUGGGUCUACACCUACUGUUGUUUCAAGAUCGGUACCGUUAAAAGUCAUCCGUGGACCACUGGUUGAUGAAGUCCACCAGCAAUUCAGCCCGUGGAUUUAUCAGGUUACAAGACUAUAUAAGGAUAAGGAGCAUGCUGAAGUAGAAUACACGAUUGGGCCAAUCCCGGUCAAUGAUGGCAUAGGAAAGGAGGUCAUCACAAGACUGACAGCAAAUAUGGUCACAAACCACACUUUUUAUACAGAUUCUAAUGGAAGGGAUUUUCUCAAGAGGGUGAGAGACUACAGGGAAGAUUGGGAUCUUCAAGUGACUCAACCGGUUGCAGGAAAUUACUAUCCCGUCAAUCUCGGAAUGUAUGUAACAGAUGGGAAAUAUGAACUUAGUGUCCUUGUUGAUCGUGCUGUUGGAGCUUCAAGCAUUCAGGAUGGUCAAAUAGAAAUGAUGUUCCACAGGCGUAUACUUUAUGAUGAUGGCAGAGGUGUUGGGGAGCCACUCGAUGAAACUGUUUGCGUUGACAGCAAAUGUGAUGGGCUCGUGGCUAGGGGUACUUAUUAUGUCAAUGUCAACAAGCUUGGACAUGGAGCUCACUGGCGAAGGACACAAGGACAAAAAGUUUAUUCACCCUUUCUUCUUGGUUUCGCUCAUGAGGAUGAGAGCAGUUGGAAAUCCUACAGUGUUGUGAAAGCGAGCAUGAUGGAUGCAAAUUACAGUCGUCCUGAUAAUGUGGCAAUCAUCACCUUGCAGUAUCUCGAUGAUGGUACCACACUUCUCCGCUUGGCACAUUUGUUUCAGGCUGCAGAGGACCCACAGUACUCAGUGAUGGCAAAAGUUGAACUGAAAAAAUUCUUUGGAAAGAGAACUAUCAAGGAAUUGACUGAAACUAACCUGUCCGCCAACCAAAAGAAGUCAGCGAUGAGGAAGCUCAAGUGGAGGGUUGUUGGAGACACUGAAAGUAGUCCUGCCCCAAUUACCGGUAGACCGGUUGACAGUCAAGCCCUUGUUGUCGAGCUGGGGCCCAUGGAGAUACGCACAUUCUUGCUGAAACUGUGAGCUGCAAAAAGAGAGAUAUCUUUAUGUAAUUCCAUACAUGUUCUAGGAGAUCAUUGUGCCUUUCAUUUCUGUGAGCAAGUACCUCCUGAUAGUUAUGUCCUUGUACAGCAAUAAAUGUGCCUAGUCACAACUUUCCCAGCAAA